GAAGAGACGCCAUUAUCGCGAUAUCGAGAAGGAGGAUGGCGGACGACCCACCUUCGUCAUUUCAAGUCACAGUGAAUGCAGGGGACAGCCUGCCAGGACUCGUAUUGGUGGACCAGAUGGCAGAGCAGGCCGACAGCCCAUCUCUGCAACUGGUGCCUGUUGUGGGUGGCCAGUUCGUGUUGGCUAAGAUGGCUGGUCUGCCUCCUGAUGAGGAGAACAGCUUGGCUGGCAGCACCUCUGCACAAGAUGACUUGGCAACACAACUGGCAGAGCUGCAGGCUGAGGUUAUGGAAAGGCUAGAGGGGAUCUCCAACAAGCUGAGUGCAGUUGAGACACGCUACUCCAACCUUGGGGACAAGAUCCACAGUCUUACAACAAUGCUACAAACACCAGCAUCUGCUGGGAGCUCUGCCAGUACACCCUCUAGUGAGACAAGGGCCAGUAUGCCUGCCUGUGCAUCAUCACCAGCUGGUGGAACUGUGGAUGACUACCCCAAUGGUUCCUGGCUUGGGAAUCCAGUAGACCUAGAUAUGAGGGUUCGUGUACCUAUCUCACCUGCGGAUUUGGAGAACCUCAACCGGACGUGCACCACCCCGGAAAAGAUGGCCUUAACACUCCUUGACUUUCUUUUUGAUCGGGAGGUUCAGGCCAGCUCAAACAUUUCUGGCACUGGGCGCUAUGGAAAACAACAGCUUGACCCACUUCGCAUCUUUGCAAUAAAAUGUCAUCUUGUACAUCACUUCGCAAUCAAUGACCUUGACUGGCAUCGAAUCAAGCAGAAUAUGGACUCAAAAUGCCGCACAGCAUUCAGGCGCAAAAGCCGGGGCAUGUCACUUUCAGUCAAGGCGUUUCGUGAUAGAGGUGUGUAUCCCUCCACAGUCUCAAAUUCUUCGCGUGCAGAAGACCCUACUGAGCAGCUAUCACUUCUUUCUGAAGAAGCUCUGCGUGAUAUUGCCAGCUUACAGCCACAGAUUAUCCACACCGAGCAUGGGGACAUCCAGGUUGUGCAGGCUACUGUGGAGCAGCUUGCGCAAAUGGAACAGAACUCACAGAUUCACAUUCUUGCCAGCACAGAGGUUCUCAGUGCUGCAGACAUCGAGCAAGGCAAAGUUGAAGAGGAUCUAGAGCCAUGACAGUGUUGAGUCGACUGUGGUCUGACAAACGUUUCAUCAGUCCCGGUCUCAGGGAGGAGUGUACUGGUCCACAGUAACUUGCUUACUACUGCUAAGUUGCAAUACCAGGAGUCGACAAGUCCGUCCAUGGCUCCACUCAUCCCGCCUGAGCGGUCUUGGGUGUUCAAAUCUGGCUACAUGCCCCCUUUUCCAAAAGAAAGGAAACAGCUGCUCAAUGACUGAUGUAAUUUAGUUAGUUAUCUAAAAACAGGUGUCCAAUCCUAUGAUGUUUAUGCAGCAUGACCGACUUGCUCAGCAUUGUUGGACUUUAUUUUUAUUGUUAAUUGUACUCAUAGUUAGCACAACAUCAGUUGUCAGUGCUCUAGUUCACGAAGAACCAAUAUAUGUGUGGUUAUGCUUGUUAAGUGUGUUGUAAACGCAGUGAAAUCUCGGUAGAACGAACACCAAUUUAACAAAAUUUU